AUUUCUCGCUCAUAAAUAAAAAAGAUUUACGUGUUGGAUCUUUUUAUACAUGAUAUUGUGUAUGCGCGAGUGUAUGAGUGAAAAUUAUUAUAAGAAAUUUCAAUGAUUAGCUCUUUGCUAAUUAAAUUUUAUCAAUCUUGUUAAUUAAAAUUUAAAUCAUAAUAGUAUAUUUAGUGUUAAAGGAAGAGCUUUCUUUCAAAGCGUCAAUUGCUUUAAGAAUACAUGACGAAUAAAAAUUUGAUAUAAAAUAAUGAAUAUGAUAGGAAUGAGAAUGAACGCAUUUAAUGAUACUGGACUCGGAGAACCCGAACAAGAUGCAAAUAGUGCACUUAUUGAAUUAGACAAAGGUUUACGAUCAAACAAAAUAGGCGAACAAUGCGAAGCAAUAGUUCGUUUUCCUCGAUUAUUUGAAAAAUAUCCAUUCCCGAUAUUGAUAAAUUCAUCUUUGCUCAAACUAGCAGAAGUAUUUCGCAUGGGUAGUAAUUUUUUAAGAGUAUGGGUACUUAGAGUAUGUCAACAAAGUGAAAAACAUUUGGAUAAAAUAUUAAACGUGGAUGAAUUUGUCAGACGUAUCUACAGUGUAAUACAUUCGAAUGAUCCUGUUGCUAGAGCUCUAACCUUACGUACCUUAGGUAGUGUUGCAGGUAUAAUACCUGAAAGGCAACAGGUUCAUCAUAGUAUAAGGAGAUCUUUGGAUUCACAUGAUUCGGUCGAAGUAGAAGCUGCUAUAUAUGCCGCUCAAAUGUUUGCAGCACAAUCGAAAUUAUUUGCUGUAUCUAUGUGUAGCAAAAUCUCUGAUAUGAUAAGAGGUCAAGCAACGCCAGCCUCUAUGAAAUUACAACUUAUACCUAUUCUGCAAUAUAUGCACCAUGACACAUUUACCGCAUCAAUGGUAAAUGAAUUGUGUAUGGAACUUCUUGCUAGUUAUCCAGCGAUUGAAUUUGUAAGAGUAACAUUGAGCGCAUUAAGCACAUUAGCUUCUGCCACGUUAAUAGAUAUUCCAGAACAAGUUGUAUUGCUCUUACGAUAUCUUCAAGACGAUCCUCGGUUAUCUAUUAAACGUCAUGCUUUACAUUUACUCCAUACACUUGCAAGACGUGGCGCACAUUUGUGGCCACAAGGUGCUCUCAAUAAUUUGAUUGAAAGUACUACAAAAUUAUUACAAGAUGGUACUGGAAAUACAGAUCUAUUGAUUCGCACGUUAGAUGUAAUAGAGGUACUGAGUCAAAGCGCUAUUACUUGCGACGCUAAUAUGGACGAAGGGAGCCCUCUUUUAUCUCUUUGCGUAAAUGCUUGUUAUUCUCCAGAUCCUUUUGUUGCUGUCAAAGCUGUAACUAUACUCGCAAGAGUCGUAUGUUAUUGCUACGAAGAGGGAUUACCUACGUAUGCCACUCAGGAUCUUGUAUCUUGUUUGGAAUCAUUGAUUAUAUUAUUAGCUUUAGAUGACAAGCAUUUGCAUCAACUAAAAGCUUGUUUACGUUCAACGGUAAAAUUAUGCCAUGCACAGCCGAAUCAUUGUUCUGUUUUUGUCGAUGCUAUUGGAUCUACGCUUAUUAGCACUAGUGCGGAAAAUGGGCAAAGUGAAAAACAAGCUGUUGCAUUAUGCGAAGCUUUGGGAGCAAUUGGAAGUUUAGGAGAAAAUAUAUUACUCCCACUUUUGCCAGAUGUAUUAAUAAAACUAAAACAAACUUCGCACAUGCAUACUAAGGUAAUGUUAUGCACAUUACUUUUCCAAAUGAUAGCGGGUGGAUACGAGUGGAAUACCGAAUGUUUAAAAGCUAUAGAAGAAACGACAAAAAGUGUGGACGGUUGGGCUAAAUAUCGAAUUGCAAGAGGUGCUGCUAGAUACGGUCAUCAUGCAGUUGCAACGCAAAUAUUUAAGAGUUUAAAGGAAGCCGUUGCAUCCGAACAACUUCACUUUUGGUUAUCAGGAUUGGAAUUGGUUACCAAGGCAGAAAGCUUUCUCAUGGACAACGUCGACACAAUUGAUACUUCGAAAAAAGUGGAUAUAGUUGAAAAAUUAAACGCGGCAAUUGCGCACUAUGCAAGUGCUUGCGCAUCAUUAAAAGCUGCUAGUACACCAUUACGUAGUCUACAAUUUGCCAGUGAAUAUGCAAAAUUACGUUGCGAAUUUUUACAAGCUGUGGUACAACUUUUACAUUCCUGCAGAUCGUUAUGUACUGCCCCACCGCCUGCUAUCGCGUGCACGGUAGUUCUUGCGACAAAAGAUGAUCUUCAGCGAUAUGGACGUGUAACGCAACAGCUAAGAAAAUCCGUUCAAGAAUUAAAAAUGUGUGCUGAAAAUUAUCAGAAAUUAUAUCAAUCUGCUUUCGAUGCAGAUCCUGGUUCCUUGGCGAAUAUCAGAGCGUAUCCUUUCAAUAUGAAUAUAUUAGCAGAAAUAAUAAUAAAUAAUCCAUAUAAUAAUAUAAUUAAUCAAUAUAAUUGUAAUAAUAAUCUAUUGAAAAUAUUUACUUUAAAAUUCUUGUAUAGUUUACAAGAAAUGUGCUGUUUAAUGGGAAACAGCGUGGAACGAGUUUGCGGAGGUUCUACUAUAUGUAUGUAUCAACAGAACGAAGUAAAUUUUGAUUUUGGAGGAACGGUAGAAAUGCGUCAGUUAGCUCGUUAUUGUACGGAAUUACGUCGCCUCGCACCACCAUGGGUUGGUGAAGGGAAAGCAAGUGGUAUCAGUCACGUAAGAAUCGGAUGUAUAAUUUCACAAGUUAUGUUGUUUGGUGCUGGUAACAUGAGGCUACCCAUUCCACGUUACUUUUUCCAAGCUUUACAAGCUACGAGCGUUAAACUCUCGGUAUCACCGCAACCUCGAGUACUCGGUGAACCAGUUUCUGUACCUCAGGGCAGUCAAUUAGCAUUAAAGGUCGAAGGUGUAUUGAGGCACGGUCGACGUGCAUCAUUGUAUCGUUCAGUAUCAGCUGUUUGCAUAUCUAUAUCUACUACACCCCCCUCCAAGAUUAAUUCGGAUCAAAAGGAUACAAACAUGAACGAGUUGCAUCAAACGGUGACACCCCAUCGGGAUUUCUUCGCUUGCGAAUUUUUACUUUCCCUUGGAAGCGUUGCAACCUCGACUGCGGGAUGUGCGAGUACAUCGACUAAUUCCGGCAAUUCGGCCUCCGGUGGUGGUGGUCAAUAUCAAGUAACUGCAAGUGCAAGUAUACUCGACAAAGAUGGUAACGUUUGGAAAUGCGGACCACGUUCUACCCUUCAAGUGCGAGUACACGAAGAACCUAUGAAGAGAAAAUUACCUUAAUGAUAUUUUUAA